CACCAUCAGUAUAUCAGCGCAAAUGUGAAAGGGGCGUUGCAGUUGGGGCGGGGCCUCCGCAACCCUCGGCCCUCACAAAACCACCACAAUCAUCACUCAACUGAACUCACCGAAAGAGGGAACAACUCCUAUACAAGUCCUAUAUCCUAUAAAAAAACUACUAAAAGCUACAUUCGUAAAAUAUUAUCAUCAUACAAAAAAAUAAAUCAACAUGGCGUAGUCGCAUCGCACCAUACAGUGAAAAUACCCCCCAAAGCCUACCAAAUUCAAACAAUUCGAAUGACAAAAGUGAAAGUAGUACAAAAACCAUGUGAUAACUACAACAACUAAACUGCCGUGGAAGGAUGUUCAACAUGGAGGUUGGCGGCAGCGGCCCUAGGGCUCCGCCGAGCGAGGCCGGCGCCCCAGUGCCUGUGGGCCUGGGGGCUUCUCCUACGUCAGGAAGCAGCUCUGAUAUAUUCCUGUACGAUGACUCGUCGAUGUCUGAUGGCAGUCUCUACGCUAGUGACCAGGAGAACCACUCGACGCCACGGAAGAGAUCCGAGUACCGUCGGCACAAGCGGCGCUCUCGCUGCCCCCAGCAGCAGAUCCAGCAGCGGCAGGCAGCGAACAUGCGCGAGCGCCGGCGCAUGCAGUCCAUCAACGACGCCUUCGAGGGACUCCGGGCACACAUACCCACGCUGCCUUACGAGAAGAGACUGUCGAAGGUGGAUACCUUGAAGCUGGCGAUUGGGUAUAUCAGCUUUUUGGGCGAACUGGUCCGCGCCGACCGCACGGGCACGGAGGUGUCGCUGCCCGGGCUGGGCAAGGCACAGAACAAGGAGGAACACAAGAAGGUCAUCAUCAGGGCGCGGCAAGUGCUGGACUCGUCCGGUUGCCCGACGGUGGAGGUGGACCUGGUGACGGAGCUGGGCCUGUUCCGCGCCGCCGCACCCCCCGGCCCCUCCGGCCCCCCCCGCAAGGGGGAGCCCCUGGCGCUGCGCGACGGCGACCCCGCGCGCUACAACGGUCGCUCCGUCGCCGGCGCCGUCAAAAACGUCAACACCAUCAUCGCGCCCGAGCUGCUCAAGAUGAACCUCGAGGUCACCAUGCAGAAAGAGAUCGACGAGUUUCUAAUAGCCCUCGACGGCAGCGACAACAAGGGCCGGCUCGGCGCCAACGCCAUCCUGGCGGUGUCCCUGGCGGUGCUGCAGGCCGGCGCCGCCAAGCUGGGCCUGCCGCUGUACCGCCACGUGGCCACGCUGGCGGGCGCGGCGCCGCAGCUGCCCGUGCCGCUGCUCACCGUGCUGGUCGGCGGCUGCGCGUCCUCCAACCGCCUGCCCUUCCAGGAGUACAUGGUCAUGCCCACGGGCGCCACCUCCUUCGCGCAGGCGCUGCAGAUGGGCUGCGAGAUCUACGAGCACGUGCGGAGCGUGCUGGAGGAGCGGCACGGCAAGGACGCCACGUGGACCAGCGAGUGCGGCGGCAUGGGCGCGCCGGCCGGGGGCGAGGGCGCGGGCGGGGGCGAGGGCGGGGGCGGGGGCGGGGCGCGCGAGCCGCUGCAGCUGCUGGUGGCCGCCGUGGAGCACUGCGGCUACCGCGGCAAGGUGGAGCUGGCCAUCCACGCCGCCGCCGGGGACUUCUACAAGGACGGCGUCUACGACCUGGACGCGAAGAACCCCAACUCGAACCCGCAGGACUACUUGAAGGCGGAGCGCCUGGCGACCAUCUACGGGGACCUGGCCAAGGAGUUCGGGGUGGCGUGCGUGAUCGACCCGUUCGCUAGCGAGGACUGGGCGGCGUGGGCGGCGCUGUCGGCGCGCGGGGACGUGCUGGUGGUGGGCGGCGAGCUGACGCAGUCGACGGCGAAGCGGGUGUCGAUGGCGGCGGACAAGCGCGCGUGCGGGGCGGUGGCGCUGCGGCUGGGCCAGGUGGCGUCGGUGACGGAGGCGCUGGCGGCGGCGGGCGCGGCGCGGGCGGGGCGGCUGGCGCUGGCGCUGGCGGACCGCGGGGGCGCGGCGGAGGGCGCGGGGGCGGCGGACGCGGCGGUGGGGCUGGGCGCCACGCUGCUGGCGGCCGGGGCGCCGCGGCGGGAGCGCCUGGCGAGGUACAACCAGCUGCUGCGCCUCGAGGAGGAGCUGGGCGCCACCGCGCGGUACGUCGGCAAGAACUACCGCAACGUGCAGUGAGAUCACUUACACAUGGUGAAAUGAAUAGAAUACAAAUGUUUUACAAUCAA